CCCUUUUGUCUCCCCAACUGGACAGGGAGAUUCCUUCUCCACGCACCAUUUUCAUCAGUGUUAUCGAUGCACAUACCCUAUCAGGACUUUUCCGUAACCUCACCGGUGCAAACCCUGCGGCCAAAUUGAAUGAGGUCAUAACACUACUUGAAAUCCGGGGGCAUUGGAUAUCGAACGGUUGCUCAUUCUGACUCGGCCUUCUCUUGAGCCUCUGACUUUUGAAGAUCCCUUAGCAUUUUUUUUCACCACCGAUGGAUUUUACCUACUAUUUUAAGCUGAGGACGCUGUGCUAACGGAUGCCGUUGAACGCCUUGACAGCUCCACCCGAAUCCGAAUACAUACAGCCCUUUUCGGACUCGCUCGCAACGCUGCCUCACACCACCCUGCUUGUGAUGCUGAGUCUAACGCAACAUGCAGGCGACGCCAUUGUGCAGAUUAACAGCCAGUCGUUGGCACUUGGGGAUAUUUUCAGUCAACACAAGCAAACCUACCUUCACAUCGUUUCUGGAAGCAUCGGACCCAACGACAUUAACAAUGGAAAUACUAGUGGCGGAAAGACUUGCUCUCUCAUGCAUGGUUCAGUGCCCGAUCAUCGUGCGCGAGGAAGGGCGCUUCUUGUUAAUGCGCCGAGUUUGGGCGACGGUACAUUGACGGAAAUCUCACCAUUCGGCACCAUUUUUAGCGAUACUCAGAUGAAUGUUUCCGCUGUAUAUACCAAUCCAAACACGCACACAGUUAAGGCAGGCUACAGCAGCGACGAAAAUUGGAGAUAUUGUCAUAAUUUGGAAAUGACGCGUAUUCUUGGCAGUGCCGUGUAG